AUGUUUUUGAACUGGAGUGGUGAUGGAAAGACGCUGUGCGCUGUUAUGGAGGAUGGUAAAUGUGAGCUGUAUGCGCUAUCCGGCAGAUCCCUGAAGAGGAGUGGUGAAUACAAUAUGGGCGAUAAACCAACGGGUGCCUGCGCCCGUAUUAGUCAUGUGCUACCCGAAAAAUCGCUCUUGGAUGGCGACGUAGACUCCUUGAAGACCAAAAAUAAUCUAUCAUCAUUUGAAGAACUCGGAAAGAUGAAUGGUCUCACAACACCCGUGCAAAUGCCUACGGCGAUGAAACAUUCUUUCGUUGUAAGCACAGAAGGUGGCGUACUUCAUCUGAUUGAGCAGGAUGGAACAGGGACAAAGCUAUGCCAGUUGGAUUACCGCGUUGAAUUCGUCUCCCACUAUCAUCAGAAGGAGUUACUCAUAGCUCUUGCCAGCGAUCUGAUGCUCUAUCAUUUCAACAUUCUCCCAGAUUCAACGAUCAAAGAGAGACUAAAAGUUAAAUUGAAUGGGAAACCUGGCAGUACUGUGAUUGUACUCAAAGAGAAUCUUCUACUCAUUUCACAUCAAGAACGAGAUCUCAGAGUAUGGAAUCUGGAAACGGAAGAGAAUGGAACGAUAUCGUUACAAUCUGCAAAGGGAUACAGCGCUGAUGAUGCUGUUCUUUGCAUGGAUUAUUCAAAGAAAAAAGGUACUUCAAUACCAAAUAAGAUAUAA